CCUCAGCAAGCUUUCACAAACCCAUGAAAUUAAAUUUAGGGCUGGAUUUUGAAAUAAGAACAAUAAACUCUACUCUGUAACCCAAACACCAGAUCACUCCUCUUCCCCACAUAUGCCCACUUAAAACCCUAGCUCCCUCCAUCUUCUUGUUCGCUUUUUGUCGAGGGUUUACUGGAGCCGCAGCGUAUCGUUUCCUUCAGAAGAAAUGGCAGUCCCUUUGCUGUCCAAGAGGAUUGUGAAGAAGCGUGUCAAGAAAUUCAAGAGGCCCCAAAGUGACCGCAAGAUCUCCGUCAAGACAAACUGGCGAAGGCCUAAGGGCAUUGACUCCCGUGUUAGGAGGAAGUUCAAGGGAUGCACUCUGAUGCCCAAUAUUGGUUAUGGCUCAGACAAGAAGACUCGCCACUAUCUUCCUAAUGGCUUUAAGAAAUUUGUUGUGCAUAAUGUCCAAGAGCUGGAGCUUCUCAUGAUGCACAACAGGACAUACUGUGCUGAGAUAGCCCAUGAUGUUUCAACAAAGAGGAGGAAGGAAAUUGUUGAGCGAGCAGCACAGUUGGAUGUUGUUGUGACCAACAAAUUGGCUAGGUUGCGCAGCCAGGAGGAUGAGUGAAGAUCGAUCCUUGAAUGUUGAUUUUGCUCUUUGGUAUAAUAUUUUAUUGUUUAGGAAGUAGGCACUUUGAAUCCAAUGUUUUUAAGUAUUAUUUUGACUUGAGUUGCAUGCUUUUUGUUGUGAUUGAAUCUAAACCGUUUCUCUUAUGUUUUUAGGGUUUUGUUCUUUGACUAUGUUUUUGACAUCAAUAACGAAAGGUUUAUGAUGCCGGGCGCAUUUAUGAGCUAAUGGAAUACCUUUAUCAGUUAUGUUA